CAGGUCUUGUCUCGAUAACUUUCAGGAGACUAGUACUGACAGCUGACACACGGAAACAUGAGGCUACUAGCGGUCAACUUUCUCUUGUCAUUGUCGCUAAUCACAGUCAACAGCCUGACAUUGCAUGUAACACCGGCCAAUAUACAACCUGGCAUCACUGAAAAUCUGGCCAUCAAUUGUACACUUCCGGCCGGGAGCUCAUCCAACAUGGCGUCUCUGGUCAGCGUGACACUGUCGCGCGCCGUGAACACAAGUGAUCCAAACUUUAAACAAAUCGCUUUGAUAGACUCCUUUAGUGGUGUCUUAAACAAAGCUCCCGAGGAAAAUAUUACCGUAUCGGGUGUGAUUAACGCUAUUGGCGAAUCUUUUCUCAGUGUGACUUGGAUGUAUCCAUUAUCCACAACAGCUGGAUUUUACAAAUGUGACGCCAGUGGAUUGGAUUUAACUGGACAUCCCUUAGUUAUAUCCCAAACUGCGAAUGUAUAUAUCAAUACUACUGAUGUGAAUGACCUAGCCGUUGAAAUUUUGAAGUUAAAAAACACGAUUUUACAAAUAACCUCGGAAUUACAAACGUUACGAAAUGACUUUUCUGGUUUUGUUGAUGUCUGGAAUCAAAGAAUGAACCAGACGAUGGAGUCUCUGUUUGAACUAUCCCCCGUGUCCAACGGGUCAGUUUACCUGUUGUCGCGGGAUGACCCAGCUGUAGUGCCAGCCGUAGCACAGGCAACUUGCCAGGCAUACGGAGGAAACCUUGCAGAAAUCGGCGACCACGAAGAGCUCUCGUUCGUCCAGAGUUUCGUCAAGAACUUCUCCGGGUUUAACUUUGUUCUUAUCGGGGGUUCUCAAGUUAGUUCCCCAGGGAACUGGGUCUACAGACACAGUAAUGAAUCUUUAGAGUUCUUUGACUGGGCGCCAGGGAGGCCUCAGGACAGAUUAAGCGAUAAUUGUUUAACAUUGUGGGAUUACUACGACUGGAAAAUGGCGGACAUUGAUUGCAUGAUGGAUCCCAAGACAUGGCCGAAGAGAUUUAUGUGUGAAAUCGUAAUCUGACUGCACUGACUAU